CAGCGCACCCGGUAGAGCAGUAGCGAAACCUAGCAGAGAAGGAGGAGAGAACCGGCAAACCAGAGAAUCCUGCAACCAUGGCGACUGCUCAAAGGAUAUUGUCGACGAAAGAGGACGACAUACGGAUGAUGUUGGCAUCCGAAGUUCACCUAGGAACCAAGAACUGCGAUUUUCAGAUGGAGCGCUACGUCUUCAAGAGGCGUAAUGAUGGAAUUUACAUCAUCAACGUUGGAAAAACAUGGGAAAAGCUUCAGAUGGCUGCUAGGGUUAUUGUUGCUAUCGAGAAUCCCCAGGACAUCAUUGUGCAGUCUGCCAGACCUUAUGGUCAGAGGGCUGUCCUGAAGUUUGCACAAUACACAGGUGCCCAUGCGAUUGCAGGUCGUCACACCCCUGGAACAUUCACCAACCAGCUGCAAACUUCUUUCAGUGAGCCAAGGCUGCUCAUUCUUACUGACCCAAGAACUGAUCACCAGCCUAUUAAAGAAGCCGCACUAUCCAACAUCCCCACCAUUGCCUUUUGCGAUACUGAUUCGCCAAUGCGCUAUGUUGACAUUGGUAUUCCAGCCAAUAACAAGGGGAAGCACAGCAUUGGCUGCCUGUUCUGGCUCUUGGCCAGGAUGGUGCUGCAGAUGCGUGGCGUCAUUGCUCCAGGACACAAAUGGGAUGUCAUGGUUGAUCUAUUUUUCUACAGGGAGCCUGAGGAGUCCAAGGAACAACAGGAAGAGGAAGUUCCAGCUCUCCCAGACUAUGCUGAUUAUUCUGCUGCUGCAAUUGGUGCUGAUUGGUCCAGUGGUCAAAUCCCAGAUGCCCAAUGGACUCCUGAUGUGGCUGGUGCUAUUCCACCGGUUGCCAGUGGUUGGACAGCUGAUGCAGGUGUAGCAGCUGAUGGGUGGGAUACGGCCGCUGCCCCACCAAUGGCGGCUGCUCCUGCUGUAGAUGUAGUGCCUGGUGUUGCUCCAAGUGGCUGGGAAUGAAUCAGAUUCGCUUAAGUCCAUGUGUUUUGAGCCUUUUACUUGUCGUGAUCAUCCCUCCAUAAAUUUUCUUAUUGAAGCUCAUGUACUAUUUUUCUUGCCUAUGUUGACUCCUUUGUAGCAAAGUUUUAUAGGGUUUUGGCCAACAUAAGAAUGAUAUGGUUAAUUUAGUCGAAUUUUGCUUUAUUUUCUGCUGAUA